AUGACAUCCACCCCCCGCGGCGGCAAAUCUUCCUCGACUAACGCCCUCAAACGCCUCACGCACGAACUCCAAGACCUCCAGUCCUCCCCCAAUGAAGCAGUCCUUCAUCUCGGCCCCGUCAACGAAGAAGACCUCUUCCAGUGGGAAGCCGUGUUAAAAGGUCCUCGGGACCCGGCCUCCCCGUAUCAUGGCGGCUUGUGGCUCCUCUCCAUUACCGUCCCAACAACCUACCCUUUCGCGCCUCCCAAGGUCCAAUUCGUCACACCCAUAUGUCAUCCGAACGUGCAUUUCUCUACCGGAGAGAUAUGUCUGACGCUGUUGAGUGGUGAACAUUGGGCACCAUCGUAUACACUGAGCACAACGAUGGGUGCGAUCCAACAGCUCCUCAUUUCUCCAGGCUUGGACAGUCCUUUGAAUGUGGAUAUUGCGAAUUUGUACAGAGAAAAUGAUACCAUCGGCGCUGAGAGCUUGGUGAGGUUUUGGACGGGUGCAAAGAGAUGGGCUGGCGAAGGUAAAGGAGGGUGGCUGAGUGAGAAGAGGAGAGGAACAGGAGGGAAGAUGGGGGAGUGA